AUGCACCCUAAGAAGCCGCCCGCCUUGACAACACGGGGGCUCGAUACGAGUGCGGCUAGGGAGUCUGUUGCCGACAGUAUUUGGUUGGGCAAGAAUUUUCGAGUCGUUGCCUUGAGGGAGAAGGAUCACAACGAGGUGGAGCAAUCGAGGGCUUCGCUCAAGGUUGCCGGUUACUCGCUUGAUACCCAGACUUAUACUGAUCCUACUCAUCUGGGCUUAGGUAUUCAGUCAACGCUGUACGCUGCCACGAAUAGUAAACAGUCGUAA